UUCUCGUAUAGACGCCAACAUGGGUUUCGCUACUCUCUGGUACUCUCAUCCACGCAAAUACGGCCAAGGCUCCCGAUGCUGCCGUGCCUGCUCUAACCGUCACGGUCUCAUCCGCAAGUACGGUCUGAACAUCUGCCGUCAGUGCUUCAGGGAGUACGCCAACGACAUUGGCUUCAAGAAGCUGGACUAAGCGUCACUUCUUAUUUUAGCGCGCACUAAGCAUGUCUAAAAACAACAUUCGUUAUAUUAAUAUAAUCAGUCGCCAUCAGUGCGGAGGGGACUGCGUAAAUUAAUAUGCCAGUAUGCUGCACCACAUAAUUUGAUCAUUUGGAGAUUUAAAGAACAAGAAAGCUGUCAGCGUGUGCACUGUGAAUAAUUGGAGACAACUGAUUCCACAACAUCAUUUUCAACAAGUACAACUACGCACGAACACGUAUUUUUACAUUCAACACUUUAUAGAAAGGGUCUUUGUUCAAAUACUAGUUGUUUAAAUCGCCGUCUGAUUAUACCAUAACAAGAACCGAAAA